AUGUUCCCCGCCCCAGACACCGACGACGAGGAGUUCAUCAAGAUCCAGGGCGCGGCGACGGAGUCCGGCGCGAGCGUCUUCAAGCUGGGCUACUUUGAGCAGACCGCCUUCCUGGCCCAGUCGCCCCAGCUGGCCAUUGCCGCCAACUUCGACCGCGUCUACGAGAUCAGCCCCGUCUUUUGGGCCGAGAACUCGAACACCUAUUGUCACAUUUAA